ACGCCAGAUAAACGCCACAACUAAUUCAAAGCUAUCAUCUUUUUAAUUCUAUUACAAGCGAUCGAUGAAGAGGUUUCGAUUUUAUGGCGAGGAGAUGAAAGAAAGUAUAGACAGCUUCAGAUUAGCGAACGUGCUUAUGCUUCUUUCAGGUGGCUCAGCCGCUACCGCCGCCGCCGGCGAGGUGGCGGCAGGGAAGGUGUUCGAGUGCAAGACAUGCAACCGGCAGUUUCCUUCGUUUCAGGCUUUGGGCGGGCAUCGGGCCAGCCACAAGAAGCCGAGGCUAGGCGGGGCGGAUGGGCCGGUCGAUCAGGUUAAUAGCGGGCCGGCGAAGCCACGGGUACAUGAGUGCUCGGUCUGCGGGCUUGAAUUUUCUAUCGGGCAGGCGCUUGGCGGCCACAUGAGGCGGCACCGGGCCGCCGUAGCCGGGAUAAACGGGACUCCACACGGUCUGUGGGCGACAGAGAAGGAGCCCGUCGGUGAGAAGGCAGGGGUUGGGCUGGAUCUUAACCUGCUGCCGCCGUUGGAGGUGGAGGAGGUAAGAAGUCCGCCGAAGCUUUUGGGCUUUACAUUGACGCCGGCGAUAGUGGAUUGCAUGUAUUAAAUUUAAAUUUUGCUUCUUUGUUUUAUUUAUUUAUUUAUUUUGUUUUUUUUUUUUUUUUUGGAGUAGAUGUGGCUGUGAUUAUUCGAGGAAAUUUAGUAGAAUACAUGUAAAUGAAAUAUUGACAUACUUUUGGUUUGUAUUUAAUGAUCAUUCUCUAAUCUGAUGUAUAAAUUCACUGAAUAGCAAUUAAGAUUUAUUAGUUUGAAA